UCAUGAGUUCAUUCAUAAAAGUUGGGAGAAUUCUGUUUCCUGUUCUUAUGACCUCACUGACAUAAAGAAUGCUGGAAUGCUCCUUCUAGAAUCUUUCCUUUAGGUGAAACCAGCAGAACUCAGUCAUUAUUAUCAGAACCUCAAUCUGUUCACAUCGUUCGUGAUAUGAUUGUUAUCUCUGAUUAAGGAAAACACUAUCGAAGCAUUUCAACUCGCCUCUUGAGAGAUUUCGAUAAAUUAAUAUCUUUCUCUGAAAGUCAUGUUGAGAAGAAGUCUACGCCUGCAGGAAGCAGGUUAUUACACAGAGCAGGGAACUCCUACCGUUUGCUACAAGGAGGUCAUCUGCAGGGUUUUUCAGAGAAGGAAAGGUUGUGUGGACUCAAUAGAUCACCACGAGUCUAUCGACAACCCACAACACACAAGUAACUUUCAGAAAUGGACUACUAGAUAUAGUAGAUAUAGUGCUACUAGACCAAUAAAGUUCAUCAAAUGGUUAUUCCCCCUGCUCUGGUCGGCUUAUCAAUUGAUACACUUCGCAAUGCUGUGUAUGCAACUAAAUGAAGUCCAGCAGGAGUUGCAGAUAUACAAACAGCAGAUGAUCAUAUUUGCUCCAGACACAAUACCCAACUUUGCCUCAGAGUCUCAAGGAGCCAGGGUUUUACAUCAUUUAUCGUCAGACACAUAUUGGCCACAAAAGGACAUUGGCAUAGUUUGGGAUAAAAUAUUCUACUGGUGGUAUUCACCCAAAGCACAGAGAAGAGUGAUCCAGGAACAUUCACCAUUGCAGCCAGGAAACUGCUGGACCUUUUCAGGAGAACAAGGACAUUUAUUCAUCUCCCUUUCCCACCCCGUCUCCAUCACUAAAGUUACACUGGGCCACAUAGCAAAGAGCCAGUCCAUCCACGGACACAUCGCCAGUGCACCGAGGGAGUUUUCAGUCUACGGACUCAGGACAGAAGACGAGGAGGGAACCUUUUUAGGAAAGCUAGUUUACGAUCAAGACGGAGCAGCAUUUCAGACUUUCGACCUGCCUAAUCCAGAGCAAGGAGCCUUCAGACAUGUGAUGCUACGGAUCAACAACAACUGGGGAAACGUGGACUACACCUGCAUCUACAGCUUCAGGGUUCACGGUAAUUAG